AUGGUUUCAAACAAUGCUGUUCCGAUGAAGUUAGAAAGUUCUGACAGAAGAUAUGUAGUUGUCAGAACGUCAGAAGCUCAUAUGCAAGAUACAGAAUAUUUUGACGCUUUGUCAGAAUGUUUGACAUCUGACUUUUACAACCACUUGUUCUCAUAUUUCAUGACAUUAGAUAUUUCUAAGUUCAAUCCAAGACAAAUUCCACAUACCGAAGAGAGACAAACAUUGUUAGAAGCAAACAAGAGUGUAUAUGAACUGUUCAUAGAAGAAAGCGACUUUGUGUCAUUAGAUGAAAGGUCUUUAUAUGAUGAAUAUAAACAAUAUUGUCAAGAAUAUGGUUAUAUGGCAGCUUCUAAACGAACAUUCUUGGCAAAUGUCAAAAAUCUUUUAGAUGUUGAGAAUGGCAUAUAUACAAAGAAAAAAUUUUUCUGA